AUAUUCUUAUCCAUUUUUUAAUCUUGUUAAACCCUUUUUUUUGGUUGAAUUAUUUUUUUAAUUAUUAUUAAUAUUAUGUAAUCAUGGAAUCUUCACUUAAUCUUGUUUUAAUCUUGCACGCUAACCCUCCUUUUCUCUUUUACUUGGCAGAGUCAUUAUUGAAUUCUAAUCUAGGCAAAGAAACUUGUGAUAUCUUCUCUCUGUGAUUUCUGUUUUGAUCAGUACAGUAAACUACUGCAACUUUGCUUUUCACAAAAUUUCUGCUCUAGCUGAAAUUGCUCAUUAAUGACGGAAUGGCUGGGUCCUCGAUUGUACAGCUGUUGUAAUUGUCGAAACCAUGUUUCUCUUCAUGAUGAUAUAAUUUCUAAGGCUUUUCAGGUGAAGAACUUGAAUCUCUUAUAUCUUUCUCUUUUUCAUUUUUCUAGAUUUUCUAGCUAUUUGUAAUGGGAAUUAAAUCAAACAUGAUACUUGCUGUUGUAUUUCUUUCUAUGAUGUGGAGAUCUGUGUAUAUGAUCAUAUGAUUGAAAUGGCAAAUUGAUAGAGCGAUUCAUUUUUGUGGACGCUUUUCUUUCCUUCAAAGUUUCUGAGUUUUGGUGAGAAGAAGGGCUUGGGUGCUGAAUGGACCCAUGACCCUCACCACCUGAUUGGUUUUUUGACUUAAAGAAAUGGAAAUAACAAUAAGGAGAAGAAUUUUUUCAUUUGGGACAUUGCAGGGAAAAGGUGGCAGAGCCUUUCUGUUUUCGCACGCAAUGAAUAUCAUUGUGGGAGCUAAAGAAGAUAGGAAUCUUCGGACUGGUCUCCAUACGGUUGCUGAUAUCUGUUGUGCUGAUUGCCGACAGGUUUUGGGUUGGAAGUAUGAGCGAGCUUACGAGGCAUCUCAGAAGUACAAGGAAGGGAAAUUCAUCCUUGAGAAAUCAAAGAUUGUUAAGGAGAAUUGGUAGAAACCUGCUGAGAUCCUCUUUCAAUUUAUCCACCAUUGACUGAUAAGUAUAUAUUGCUCAUUUUGUACAGAAAUUGUUCAUGGAUUUCUUGUUCUUUAUCUCUGUGCAUCAUUGCCAUGUUCCAUAUCCCAAAGGUGUUUGAAGUCUUGAUAAAUUUAUUGUCCCCAGUUAAUUGAGUGGAACUCCUGUUAUCCUGUAUAUGAAUUAGAGAAGUUAUGAGAAAAGUCUGGUGUUGGUGUC